CUGAGAGUGUGGAUGAGAGAAGGUUAAAGUCAUCUGUUCCAGAGAUAUGCUACAGAUACAAUGGUAAAGGUUGUGAAAAAGAUGGAUCCUGUCCUUACAUACAUAUUUGCCUGAGUUACGUAAAAGGUAUGUGUGGAUCUGGAAAUAAGUGUAGUAAAAGCCAUAAUAUCUGCGAUCCCGCAGUAACACCAGCUCUUGGCAAACACGGAAUAAAUACGAAAAAAACACCGAAAGAAAUUCUUGCUGACUUACAAGCAGCCGUGAAAGAUAACGAAAGCGUUAGUGAACGUGAUGAAGGUGGAAAUUCAGAAGUUCCUGAUGAAGUGGCUUAUGAUCCUUACAAGUUGUUGUUAUAUAAAAAAGCAAUUCGUAAAGGAAAGGAAAAAGAAAACACACUUCGCAUAAAUAUCAUUGGUAACUACGCCCAGGGUAAAACUUCAUUAGCAAACAGAUUGAUUGGUAAAACUUGUGAAGGCGUGACCACUACAAAUGGUAUAGAAAUCAACAGAUACAAAUGUCAGACAUCAGACGAUGGAGCCCAUACAUUUGUAUCUUCUGAAAAUGAAAACCAUGAGUUUGUUAGUCGAGCUGCAUCAGUUGCACGUUCAAUAGAACAAACAAUAAAAUCAGAUAAAGGUGAAACAGAUUUAGAAGAAAACUUGACAUAUGAUUUUUUGGAUCAAACCAUGCCCGAACAAGAAACUUCACAAGAUCAACCGCAGCCAAUUGAGAUAAGCCCCAACGUCUCUGUUGAAGUUGUUGCAAACAAAUUCAACGAUACGGGGAAUUUUGUCCAGCCUGUAUCACUGCAAACACCUCAAGUCAACGAGGAAAAACUUAUGGCACUGUCUUCUGGUGAGAUGGCAACAUUUUCUAACGUAGUAGAAGUUCAAAAGGACAGCCCUGAAAAAUUCUUUGAUAUUUGGGACUUUGGGGGUCAGUACAUAUUUUAUGCUACCCAUGCAUUGUUUCAUAGCAGAAAAGCUUUAUACCUUUUGGUUUUUGACUUAACGAAACCUUUGGAUACAAUAGUAUUAGACGAAGAGUUUCCUGGAGAAACUGGCGAUAGAAAUAUGGAACAUUUUGCGAGAUUUUGGAUGGAAUCUAUUCAUGCAUAUGCUGGAUCUGACCCACGAGUUAUACUGGUUGGUACGCAUAAAGACAAGCUUCUGGGAAAUGACCGAUUAUGGAAAGAAUAUUUCGAAAAUAUAAGACUUUUGUUUGAUGAUACUGAACUUAUCAACCAUAUCGAGAAGGAAGACUUUGCUGUGGAUAAUCAUGAUAUGUCAGAUCCUGGCAUCGCAGAUCUCAUUGGAUUUAUCUUUAAAAAGCAUGAAGAGCAAGUUCACCCUGUCGAGAUCCCAGCGCGCUGGAUGCAACUAGAAAAAGUUCUACGAGGACAGAAAACACCUAUUAUCUCAUUUCAAGAUGUUGUCGAAUUAGACAAGCGCAAUGAGUAUCCUCUGUUUGAUGAAGAACAACUAAAACUGUUCCUUCAUUAUCAUCACGAAAAAGGCUCAUUAUUUUUCUACGAUGAAGACCAGUUAUCAGACUUCGUUUGUUUGGAUCCAAAAUUCUUAAUAGAUGCUUUUAAAUGCAUUAUUACUUCAGAACAGUUUUACAAAAAUGACCCUGACAUCCGUUCCCUUAGGAAAGUUUUGUCAAAAGAAGGCCGACUAACGCGUCAACUUAUUAACAAGGUUUGGUCCAACAGGCCGGAUUUUGUGGAGCAUGAAGGUGUCAUCAUUGGAUUCUUACAGAAACAGAACAUUAUAUCAGAAGUAGCUGAAUACGAUACAAAGUCUGGAGGAAAGAAAAAGAAAGAUUGGUUUAUUGUUCCAAGUUUACUGAAGGAUCACAGCUCGAAAGAAGAAUUGGUGUCUUUUCUAGAUAGAAAAUCUCAGUCAAAAGUUCGAUAUUUGAUGAAGUUUGAUAAAUCAUCGAUUGUACAUCUGACCUUCCUUAAAGCCCUAGCUGCGGCACUUGGAACUUGGCCUGUUUUAAAGUGUGGUAAGAAAAGGCUGCUAUUUGAAAAUUUAUGUGUUUUCAAACUCAUAAAAGACCAUGCAGGGAUUUUAGAGCAUAGAAAAGACAGUAAAACAAUUGAACUUAGAGUGAUAAAUCUUAAGUCCAGUCCAGUUGAAACUCAUCCCGCCGACGAGUUUAGACGUUUCGUUGAAGCAGUUGCACUCAAUGAAUUCAGAAGAUUGAAGUAUCAUCUGUCAGAAAAAGACAAACCCUUUAUUGAGGCUUACAGAUGCAACCACAUAGAUCAUGGCCAAGAAGGAAGCAGUGAGCUAAAUGAUUUCAAAGAAAAGGACGAUAUGCUUUGUCCUGAUAACAUUACUCAUGAUAACUUUGAUCUCAAAAGAGCAAAAGAAGAGUGGACAAUGGAAUUCACAAGUGAAAUGUAUCCAAAAAUGCAAGUAACAAUCAAGACUCUGAAUCGGUUGUCUCAGGUAGCAAUCGGUACAAACUGGAGACUUCUUGGACCUCAACUUGGAAUUGCAGAAGCCGAGAUAGACCAUAUCAAAGAACAGCACCAACAAAUUGAGAUGCAAAUCUAUCAAAUGCUUCUGAAGUGGAAGAAUAGAUCUGCCGAGAAAGCGACAUUGGACCUAUUAGUUGACGCUAUAAAGAAAUGUCCAAAAGUUAGCAUUUACUGGGAUGAAAUCAGAAACACUAAAGAUGAAUAUGUUAGGAAACUGGAAAAACUAGAAAUAGAUUUUAUUCAGCCUUUAUCAAACAGGACUGUCACAGUCGAUGAAACUUUGAUUUUGGAGUGUAAAAUUACCAAGCCUAAUUCAUCAGUAAUGUGGCUAAAAGAUGAUGAAUCAAUCACACAAGAUGCUAGGAAAACAAUAUCUUCAGACGGGAAACUACAUAAACUUGUAGUGGAUGGUGUUACAGUGGAGGAUGCUGGCAAAUACACAUGUGCAUAUGGCACUUUUAUAACAGAAUGUUUUGUCAAGAUCGAAGACCCACAUGGACCCUUGAAGUUCACGAAGGAACUCUCAGAUAUAGAGGCAGGGAACAUACAUAGCACGGUCACAUUUUUAUGUGAACUCAGUAACAGCCAAACUGAGGUGGAAUGGUACUAUUGCAAUAAGCGUUUUUGUCCCUCAAACAAGCGUUUAUAUCCCUCAAAGAAGCAUGCAGUUAUAGAUGAUGGAUCUACUCAUAUGUUAAAGAUUAGAGAUGUUUCCGAGGAAGAUGAAGGCACAUACUCGGUCUCGGCAAAGGGUCUAAGGUCAAAGGCUACACUUUACGUUGAAGAAACAGAAGAAGAAAGAUAUUUGCUGGCGCAACACCGAAAAAAGCAAAGAGAUACGGAGAAAAAGGAUAAUCUGACUAAAUUAAACCUAGAUGGAGACACGGAAGCCAUAAACACGACGAUGGCAGAUGCUUGUAAUGUCAUUCCUGAGCCGAUAGAGCCUGUCAUUUCUGAGCCGAUAGAGCCGUCAGAGAAAGAUGUCAAAUCUGAACCAGGUUUGUCUUCCGAUGAAUUCAAACGAAUGAAAGAUGCAGCACAGGGUGGCAGUUCAAAGUUAAAAGAGUAUUUACAAGCUAGUAAUAAUAAGUGGAGACAUAUUCCAUUACAUAUUGCCGUUACUGGAAACGCAGGGGUCGGUAAAUCAAGUUUCAUUAAUGCAUUUGGCGGCGUAAGAAAGGGACAAAAAGGAUUUGCUGAAGUUGGUGUAACUGAAACAACAACGGAACGCCUGGGUUAUACACAUCCCCUAAAUAAAAGUCUUGUAUUUUGGGAUAUGCCGGGAGUAGGAACACCCAACUGUCUCCAGAACAACUACUUGAAAGCAUUAGAUUUUGAGAAAUACGACUUUUUUCUCAUACUUUCAUCUGGGAGGUUCACUGAAAAUGAUCUGUGGUUGGCAAAUGAGGUUAGAAAACGAAAAAAGACAUUCUACUUUAUCCACACACAAAUGGAAGUUCAAGUUGCUAAGGCGCAGCAGAUCGAUCCAAAUAGGCAUGAAAGGGAUAUUGUUGCCGAAAUUCGUAAAGACUGCAUUACAAAACUGAAGACUGCUAAAUUUGAAGAUCCUACCGUUUUUCUGAUCGAUAAUUACGAAAUUGCAAAGUAUGAAUUUGGGAGCCUCGUUGAUACAUUACUGAAAACACUGCCUGAAAGAAAACGAGAAGCCUUUGCACUCUCUCUAACAGUUAUGACUAAGAAAGUUAUAAUGGCCAAAAAGGCUGCUCUCCGAAAAAGAAUCUUUGUCAUUUCUGUCGCUUCUGCGCUAGGUGGCGCGAUUCCUAUACCAGGACUGGGUGCAGCAGCUAUUGAUACAGCUAUAAUAUUGGAGGAAACUGAAGAAUACAAGCGGCAGUUUGGACUUACAGAAUUUGCUUUACUGCAACACAGCCCGAAAUACGCAAAAUUGAUACAAGACAAAUAUUGUCAAAAUAUAGCGCAAAUUGUCGCGACCAUUACAAUUGACGAAGCUGCUGAAAAUUCCGUUAAAUUCGGAAUGCCUUUACUUGGUUCUAUUAUAAGUUUUUCGUAUGGCGUAUCUGUUACAGUGUUGUUGAGACUAUUGAAUUCGAUGGCAGAUGACGCACUCAGACUGAACGAAGAUAUGAUAACAGGGCUUUGAUUAGAAGUAAAAAAGUCAGUCACUAAAGCUACAAAACAUGGUAUAAAGAAGUAGAUAAUAUAACAAGUAUAACUUAUUAUUUUAUGCUUUUCAGUGAAAUACUGAAAUUUAUCAGUGAAAUAAAAUUGAUAUCUUCACUGAUUCAUAACAUGCAAAAUAUACUUCAGUAAAGAUAUAAAUGAAUUGGGUCAUAAAUAUAUACAUUCUAUCAUAACAAAGUGUAGCAGAAAUCAGGAAACCUAAUAGAACUAGUUACAGUUUUUCUACAAAGAUAUCCUGAUGUAUUGAAAUUAUGACGCCAUGAUGCGAAGCACGUGGCGUUGCGCAGACAAACUGGAUGUAGUUUGGUUAAAAGCAUUAAAAAUACAAGUAAAUAGAAAAUUUGUUUGUUUCAGUGUAAGAGCGGAAUAUAUUUCCUUCGUGAACACCAUAAUUUACACUCAUGAAAAUAUUGCAUUAAAUUGUUCACUUGGUAAAAUAAAUUUCGAUCUUGCACUGAAACAAACAAAUAUCCUCUUUACAAUAGGCCCACUCAAUGUUAGGUUAGUGUAUUUAAUUUCAAGAUGGUAAUCUUUGAAAGCAUGAGCUCUUUAUUUUCGUAUGUUAACCGUUGUCUAAAGGCCAACAUUUAUAUACAAGUUUGCAAAUGACAGAAUCAUAUUUCUCCUAAUACAUUCAAGGUUACUGGACAGUUUUAACCUAGUUAUAACAAUGUUUUUUAUUUUUCCUAUAUUUGUGUGUGUAUGUCUAUAUAUUCAUUGCUAAAGGGUUUCUUGUUCUUCAAACGUGGAUCUGUUUGUUUUUUUUUUCAGCCACAUUUACCGUUAUGUUCAUGUGUCUGAAUUCCAAUUAUUUUCAAUAACUAUUUACAUUUCGUGUGAGCGCUUUUCUAUUUUGUUUUCUUUUUAUUUAUUUGACUGAAGAUUAUUGCCUGUUGAAUGUUCGACUUUUGAAGAACUGAUAUCAUCGCUUUUAUUUUUAUUGUAAUUAGCAUCAUUCCUAUAUAUCUGCUGGGGACAUGUUUUGGUCCAAUCGUCCGUCUGUCCGUAUUGUUUUCGCUCUAUAUAGUUUUGUCCACUGACUAUUUUAAGUGACUUGGUUCAGAUAUUUAACAUUAUGAGGUGCGUAUAUAAUGCGAGUUUCGGCCGUGCCAGUUGUCUGAUGAUAGGCAGUGAUUAAUGUCCGCUCUACAUUGUUUCAACCUUUGAAGGAGUUUCAAUUCAAAGCACAAAUGUUAAUAAGCAGAACGCAGCUUUCGGUUAUAUCCAUGCAGUGUUAAAACUAUACAGUGGCUUUUAAGGUCAGAUAGGCAAUACCUCGUAUUUUACUUCUCGUAGAUUUUUUACAUAUUUACACAGAUGUUGGUUAUAAGAGCGCAAGAUUAAUGUAACGGUGACGCCAGAGGUAAAAAGGCAGCACUAUAUUUUGUUUUACUCUUUUAACAUUUUUGUCUGACUGUGUUAAUGCAUUAGAUUUCAUUACUCUUUGUGGCAAGUAAAGGUUAAUAUGAUCGAAUCGAAUUGCAUCAAAAUUCUUCCUGGUUAUGUCUUUAAAAUCGAUUGAAAAUCAUUCAGUGUAAUUUUAUGUCAUACCGUGUUUGUUUUAGUUAUCCUAUGAAACGACAAAAUAUAUGAUAACUGAUUUGAACACUAAUUAAGAAUAGUAUUUUCUUUGAUCAUUGAUGUAGUGGUUGCAUGUCACUUGGCAGCUUUGUUUUGUUUAGGGAGUGUUUAUGCCUAUAUGUGUGAAUAUCCAUCUAUGAAUUUAAAACAUCUAGGUCAAAAACGUAUAAAAUGUGAUAUCUGGAGGUUUAAUCAUCUUUUCUAUGAUUUUAGGUCAAGUACGUGAAAAUAAACUUUUAAUGAUGACUUAAAAGACGACAAAACACUACACGUAACAAUUACGUAAAGAAAUAAAACAACUGUUUUGAAUAAUGCAGAGACAUAAUCACUGUUUUUUUUGGUGGUUUUUUUUUUUUUUUUUUUUUUUUUGCUGAAAUGGACAAUUUUUAGCUCGAAUAGUCUAGUUAGUCUACUUUCCCUAUCGUCGGCGUCGGUGUCACACCUUAGUUAAAGUUUUGCAUGCAAGUAAACACAGCUAUCUUUUAAAGGCAUAUAGCUUUGAAACUUAUAUUUUUUCUUUUUCUAGGUCAAUUACCAACCUCACUGGGUCAAGCUCCAUAACAAAUUAUGCCCCCUUUUGGACUUAGAAAAUCCUGGUUAAAGUUUUAUAUGCAAGUUAUCUCCAGAACUAGUGCAGAUAUUGAAUUGAAACUUCGCAUGUGUCUUCGGGAUAAUAAAACUAGUUGAUAACAUUACGUUCCAUAACUCUUACCUGCAUUUUGGCAUAAUUAUGCCCCCCUUUUGCACUUAGAAAAUCCUGUUUAAAGUUUUGCGUGCAAGUACAUACAGCUAUUACCAAAAGGUAUAUAGAGUUGAAACUUUUUCUUUUUCUAGUUCAACUACCAACCUCACUGGGUCAUGUCCCAUAACUCUGACAUGUAGUUUGGGCAAAUUAUAUCCCCUUUUAGACGUUUUUUGCGUGCAUGUUACUAUCCCCAAAACUAAUGCAGAUACUGGAUUGAAAUUUUAUAGAUAUUUUAACAUUUAGGGUAAUAUUUUUCUGCUUCUGGGACAAUAAUAGUCGAGCAUUGGCUGUCUUACGAACAGCUCUUGUUAUUAUUUAUUUUGCUUUUUUGCAUCUUGCAACAAAAUACAAACAUAGCCUAAUAAAUGUGAAAUGUCACAUAUUUUAACGAUUAAAACUAGUCGAGGUUGUGACAGCAUUAUUGCCGAUACAGUGUCGUUUCGUAAACACGUGUUUGAGUGACUGUUACUUUUGUAUGGGACAUUGUAUGCUUCAAAUCAUUUCAUCAAAGUCCUUGAUUAACAGAAGGAGAUUUUAAUUUAUAUUAAGUUCAAAUACACAAGGCAGUAUGACAUCUGAAUGGAAAUGAUGUUUGUAAGUUCUUCUUGAUUUAAUGUGGUUAUUCCAUGAUACAAAUCUGUGUGACAAUCUCCUAGCUUACUUAGAAAUUAAAACAAAAUAUCAUAUUUUUUUAUUCUUAAAUGUGGUCAGUCAGUGUCAGAUAGCUCAGUUGGUUAGAGCAUCCCAGACAUGUACUUACAAUGUUAUGGGGAGGUCUAAGGUUCGAUCUAACGUUCGGUACUUGUUAUCACAUUUAUAAACUCCAGUUUUGUCAAAUAAUACUUUCAAAUAUUUUUGGCAAAUAUUCAAAAAUUGAUAUGCUCAUUCAAUUUUAUGUUUAAUCAUAUUUUGAAAAUAUUUUUACGUUGCAUAAAAUGAUACAGUUUGUAUUGUUUUGCAUGUGAACACGUUUCUCUAAAAUUACUAUGCUUAAUGCUUUCUUAUAUGUGUUCGACAUCAUGAGAUGAUAUCACAUGAAAAGUAACGUAAAUCUAACCUAAAAUGUAACACCAACCAGUUAUAUAUUCGUCCUAAAUAAUAUAAGAAUCUUUCACUGGUUGAAGGUACGGAUAGAAAUAUGUGGCUUAGGGGAACUGUUUAGGCGGUAACAAGGCUCUGCUGGCAAAACGCUUGGGAAAACACUGACAAAAAAGUAUGAAUAAUUCAAAAAUUAAACAGAUAUUGAACACUAACUAUUUCAGUUGUGCAAUUAUCGGCUAUGCUUUUGAUAACUUGUAAAGGCGUAAAUACUCCAAUUUAUAUUUCAGGAGAAUCUAACUAAAAACGUCUUCAUUUUGCAUGCGUCACUAAACUACAUACAUGUACGUGCGAACACAUAUUAAUAUCUCAAUAUAAACAUAUAUUCUAUUUCUUUAAAA